AUGGGUAUCCUCGCCCAGCACGUCCCAUCCAUCGAGCAGUUGAAGCCAGGUCUCGUGGAGAUCAUUGAGGAGGCUGGAGGCAGCAAGCAGUUUUUCCUGUCCGGCGGCUUCGCAACCGUGCAGCCCGACUCCCAGCUCAGCAUCAACGCCGUCGAGGGCUACCCACUCGAGGACUUCAGCGCUGAGAGCGUGCGAAACCAGAUCUCCGAGGCGCAGAAGAUUGCUAGUGGAAGCGGCAGUGAGCAGGACAAGGCUGAGGCGAACAUUGAGCUUGAGGUCCUCGAGAGCCUUCAGGCUGCUCUCAAAUAG